CUCUCUUCCAGCCCUGAAGGAUGGCUGCCAUGUUGGGGGACACCAUCAUGGUGAUCAAAGGCCUUGCCAAGCUGACCCAGGCGGCCGUGGAGACCCACCUGCUGCACCUGGGCCUCGGCAGGGAGCUCAUUAUGGCGGCCAGGGCCCUGCAGUCCGCGGCUGCAGAGCAGAUCGGCAUGGUCUUGGGGCAGGUGCAGGGUCAGGAGAAGCAUGAAGAGGCCUAUUCCAAGAGCUCUGACGACCCGCAAGCAGAAUUCCACUCCUCCGGGCUGAGGGCCGAGGGCGCCGCCGAGGAGUCGUCUGCGGCCUCCUCCCCCGCUCAGUCCCUUCCGCCCCGGGAUCGCGCCCGCAGCCAGGGCCCAGCCCCUGCCCGUGUUGCCAGCGGACCCUUUAGGGGAGGCGGGCUCCAGGGCCAGGCCGCCUCCCCUGUGGGCAGGGUGAACGGGCCGCUCUUUGCAGACCCCAGAGACCCAUUCACUGCCAUGGGCCUGCAGCGAAGGUUCUACCACCAGGACCAGUCCCAUGUGGGGGGCCUGACGGCUGAGGACAUUGAGAAGGCCCGGCAGGCCAAGGCUCGCCCCGAGAGCAAGCCGCACAAGCAGAUGCUCAGUGAGCGGGCUCGCGAGCGGAAGGUGCCAGUUACGCGGAUCGGGCGGUUGGCCAACUUUGGAGGUCUGGCCGUGGGUCUGGGCUUCGGGGCCCUGGCCGAGGUCGCCAAGAAGAGCCUCCGCCCUGAGGACCCCUCAGGGAAGAAGGCCGUGCUGGAUUCCAGCCCCUUCCUGUCAGAGGCCAACGCGGAGCGCAUCGUGCGGACGCUGUGCAAGGUGCGCGGGGCAGCGCUCAAGCUGGGCCAGAUGCUGAGCAUCCAGGACGACGCCUUCAUCAACCCCCACCUGGCCAAGAUCUUCGAGCGGGUCAGGCAGAGCGCAGACUUCAUGCCGCUGAAGCAGAUGAUGAAAACUCUCAACAACGACCUGGGCCCCACCUGGCGGGACAAGCUGGAGUACUUUGAGGAGCGGCCCUUUGCAGCCGCCUCUAUCGGGCAGGUGCACCUGGCUCGCAUGAAGGGCGGCCGUGAGGUGGCCAUGAAGAUCCAGUACCCCGGCGUGGCCCAGAGCAUCAGCAGUGACGUCAACAACCUCAUGGCCGUGCUGAACAUGAGCAACAUGCUUCCGGAAGGCCUGUUCCCUGAGCACCUGAUCGACGUGCUGAGGCGGGAGCUGGCCCUCGAGUGUGACUACCAGCGAGAGGCCGCCUGUGCCCGCAGGUUCAGGGAGCUGCUGAAGGACCACCCCUUCUUCUACGUGCCCGAGAUUGUGGACGAGCUCUGCAGCCCCCAUGUGCUGACCACGGAGCUGGUGUCCGGCUUCCCCCUGGACCAGGCCGAGGGGCUGAGCCAGGAGAUCCGGAAUGAGAUCUGCUACAGCAUCCUGGUCCUGUGCCUGAGGGAGCUGUUCGAGUUCCACAUCAUGCAGACAGACCCCAACUGGUCCAACUUCUUUUAUGACCCUCAGCAGCACAAGGUGGCUCUUCUGGACUUCGGGGCAACUCGGGAAUAUGACAGAUCCUUCACAGACCUCUACAUCCAGAUCAUCAGGGCUGCUGCUAACCGGGACAGGGAGGCCGUGCUGAAGAAGUCCAUCGAGAUGAAGUUCCUCACUGGCUACGAGGUCAAGGCCAUGGAAGAUGCCCACUUGGACGCCAUCCUUAUCCUGGGGGAGGCCUUUGCCUCGGAGGAGCCCUUUGACUUUAGCACCCAGAGCACCACCGAGAAGAUCCACAACCUGAUCCCCAUCAUGCUGAAGCACCGGCUUGUCCCGCCGCCCGAGGAGACCUACUCACUGCACAGGAAGAUGGGGGGCUCCUUCCUCAUCUGCUCCAAGCUGAAGGCCCGGUUCUCCUGCAAGGCCAUGUUCGAGGAGACCUACAGCAACUACCGCAGGAGGCAGGCCGAGCAGCAGUAGCCGCGGGCCCGGCCGCUAGGCGGGACCCUCCGUUCUCCUGCCGCUAAAACUAGUAGGAAGCUGGUGGUACCCACGCUCCGUUUAAACUUCACCCAGUGAGAGGGGGCCGCGCUGAUGGGGGCCGCUGCUCGGAGCCCGUGGCCAGCACUUAUACACGGUUCUCAUCGUUCAGUGGGUGUGGGGUGAGAGGCGCCAGCACGGAAAUGCAGCCCCACUGCUGUCUGGCAGAAUCUGCUUAUUGUUUAUUCAUCCUCUGAAAUGACUCUCGAUAAAAAGACGAUUUUAUUUCCUUUUCCUUUUUGUAACAGGGCUUUUUGCUAAUGGGAAUGGUAACCAGAAGAUGAGAGUUCUCCCUUUGAAUCCCUGCCACCAAAAAAACCCCAAAAACAAAACAGAAAAGCCUUUUUGGAUUUUAUGGAGUGUGUAAUACAAGGUUUGUGUGUGUGUGUGUGUGUCUCUCAAAUGAGAUUUGUGUUUUCUGCCUUUUCCUCUCCGGCUUGGAUCUGCACCUGGGAGAAGUGCUGAUCUGAGCAGUGCCAACAAGCACUACUUCACCAAGCAAGGCCCACCCACACCUGCUCUCUGGCUGGUUCCUAGAGGCUUUUUUUUUGACAAGCAGAGGUUUCCAGAGACCUGCUGCCUCCUGUGGGGGAGGGGCAGGAGCCGUAGAAGGGGAGAGAAAGCCGCGUGCUCUCUGGGUGUGUGGGGGCCCUUCUUCCCGCUCCGGCGCCUGGGCCUUUUGUGGAAGAUGACAGGCACGUGUCACCUCCUUGGACCCAAGGGGUCGUUUCAGGCUGUUAACCUCUGUACAAUUCUUGUAAUUGUCUGAUUUACUUGUUUCAAUAAAAAAAAAAAUGCUAGCAUUGUGGCAUUAAUUUUUUCACUUGUAAAGGAUUCUGAGCUGAUGGUGAGGAGCCCGAGGUCAGCGUCACACCCUCUCCCGCCUCCAGUCGCUUCUGCAAGGUUUGCCCCUGUUCCCAGCGUGAGGCUCUUGGUGCCUGAACCCGGAAGGCUCAGCCCAUAUUCCUCAUCGGAGAAAGGGUGCGGGGAGGGGACGGCACAGCUGCCAGGUCCCUGCCGCAGCAGCUUCCCAGGCCCCACCGCGCAGAGGCGGAGAAGCCACAGCUGCACCAGAGGCUGUAUGACGCAGUGCUGGCAACCGCGGGAAAAGGUGGACACCAGCCAGCAGGGCGAAAAGGGCCUGGCUUGAGCGGCAGUGACACCCACGUCGGAUCAGGCGCAGCUGAGGGGGCACUUUCCUGGGGCAACUUCAUUCCUCGGUCACGGGGGCGUUUUGAACGUUCAGGCGGGGGCCCUUCUAACGGACUGCGGACACCUUGAAAGGUGCGUUAGAUGGUGAAGUAACUCGGAGAGAUGGCAGUGGUCCCAGAUGGGUCCUCAGAGUUUCGGGUUCUGAAAGGAAAAUUCCUUUCUGCGGUUUGGGAUUGACAGGAACAGACACGCUGGACUCCGGGACAGGAUUCAGAGGCCGAGGUGGUCUCCAUGACAGCCGCUUGGGGGCCCUUGAGGUUUAGCCCUGAGCCCAGCACCACGCGCCCAUCUGCUGCCGGAGCUUCCACGGCCCUUUUAAAGAAAGACUGGACGUAUCCUACUGACGCGUUAACUCCUGGGACGCUCAAAGUGGGCGUUUUUUUUAAUAUAGAUGAGGAAACUGAGGCGCAGAGGUUAUGGUGAGCUGGCCGGACGUCCGUGCUCACUGUAGUCCAAGCCAAAGGCUAGCAAACUGUGGCCCCUGGGCCAAACCACUGCCAGUUCUUGUAAGUGACGUUUUCUCGGUACUGUCCAAGGUGGCGCUCGUGCCUACGUGAAACGGAACAGGGAGGGGGGUCUCAGGACAAUUAUUUAGCUGAAGCCAAUUUAAGAUUUCCUUUGUUAAGAAAGGCCUUGCCUGCGUCUCCUCAGCUGUGUCAUUCUAACUCAAGAGCUGCAGCACAAGUCGUGGGAAGUCUCCGCUGCUUGUCUGCAGGAGGAAGACGGAAGAUCAAACGGCUGCCCCGUUUACAGUCAGCGGUGGCACUGGCAGGGAAGUCUGGCUGGGGACGGGCCCUCCGUGCAGUGGGCUCCCUGCUGGCAACUGCAUACAGCAGCGCCGCCACCCACAAACGAGGGCACAGCCUGGCCUUGCACACUGAGCCAAUACCAGGGACGUUUUGACCAGAAGAGGGGAGUUGAAAGCUUCAAGAGAAUGGAACACUAUGCCACCUGAGCUAUGGAAGGAACUAAGAAAGCCCUAGAUUAAACUAACCCCAUGUCCUUCUAGUGUAACGAGGAAGCUGGAUGAGAGGGACUGGCAGAAAUUGGGGUCAAACGAGACGAAAAGAGUCAGUCAGUCACCUUUUCUCCAUUCCUCAGACUUUUUAAUCAGGGAAAAGACGACAAAAUACCCAAUUCGAACAGUUCCCUGUUUUAUUGCAAUACAUCAGAGUCUGGUUAAUAUUAAGUGAUACCAACGUAAAAUAUCGGCGAGGCGUCUUCUGUUACAUUUUGACUGUCCCACCUUAAAUAUUUCUGUGCAAAAGAAUCCACACCAUUGUUUGGUAGCAGAGAAUCUCAUAAAGUUCCCUAAGACAAUGAGGGGAUAAAACCAAACAAAAUGAAAUGAGUGAUAAGAGGCCAAAGCAGUAUCUUUUCCCCUUCCAUACACACUUAUUUGUCAGCAUUAUAUUCUAAACAAAAAAAUGAUUACACCCAGGCCAUGCAAAACUGUACAAUAAUAUUACAAGGAGAAAAAAAACCCUAAAAAAUUUAUUAAACAAAU